AUGAAAGGAGACUAUUACAGGUACUUGGUAGAAUUCAAAGCUGGUAAUAAAAGUAUGGAGGUAACAGAGCAUUCACUUAAAGCAAAUCACACAGCUGCUACCACUGUUGAGAGGGAAUUACAACCUACACAUUCUAUUCGUUUGGGAGAUUACUAUGAUAUAGUAGGGAGAUCAAGUGACAACUAUUUUUUUUUUUUUGCUGAUGAAGUAACGUGCCAAGAGCACCCAAAUACUGGCCGGGGAGCGAUGAUGAAUGGAUUACGAGAGUCUUUUCGCAUAAUUGACACAUUGAGCACGAGAAAUGAUUAUAUUGCAUCAGUGGAGGAUUUGAGGUGUAGAAGGCUGGAAGUUAAUAAAAUCCAGGAAGAAUGGAAGACAUUAGAAGAGGAUUUGCCACCACCCAAGCCUCCAGAAUUGGAGGGUGCCACCUAA